AUGCUGUUCCUGCCUCUCUCUACACUGAUCCUGCUCACACAGCUCUCACGGAUCCUGGGAGCAGAAGUGAAGACCUAUUUGCAGAAAACAGUGGCUAAUGCCUGCACCCUGGUCAUGUGUAGCCCCUUGGAGAAUGGCCUGCCUGGUCGCGAUGGACGGGAUGGAAGAGAGGGCCCCCGGGGCGAGAAGGGGGAUCCAGGUUUGCCAGGAGCUGUAGGACAAGCAGGGAUGCCUGGACCAGCUGGCCCAAUUGGGCCCAAAGGGGACAAUGGCUCCACUGGAGAACCUGGACCAAAGGGAGACUCUGGGCCACAUGGACCUCCAGGACCCCCAGGUGUGCCUGGUCCAGCUGGAAGAGAGGGCCCGUCAGGGAGUCAGGGGAACAUAGGACCUCAAGGCAAACCAGGCCCAAAAGGAGAGACUGGGCCCAAAGGAGAAGUGGGUGCCCCAGGCAUGCAGGGCUUGGUAGGGACUAGAGGCCUCGAAGGUCCUAAAGGAGAGGGAGGAGCCCCUGGUGAGCGUGGAGCCACUGGAAACACUGGGGCAGCAGGGCCUGCUGGAGAGGUGGGUCCACAGGGACCCCCAGGUGCCAGGGGCCCCCCAGGACUAAAGGGGGAUAGAGGUGUUCCUGGGGACAGAGGCGCCAAGGGAGACAGUGGUCUUCCAGAUGUGGCUGCUCUGCAGCAGCAAGUGGAGGCCUUACAGGGACAGGUACAGCACCUCCAGGCUGUCUUCUUGCAGCAUAAGAAAGUGGAGCUCUUCCCCAAUGGCCGGGGUGUCGGCAAGAAGAUCUUCAAGACAGGCGGCUUUGAGAAGUCCUUCCAGGAUGUGCAGCAGGUGUGCACACAGGCUGGCGGGCAGGUGGCCUCCCCACGCUCUGUGGCCGAGAAUGCCGCCGUGCAGCAGCUGGUCAUGGCCCACAACAAGGCGGCCUUCCUGGGCGUGACUGACACUAAGACAGAAGGCAGGUUCACCUACCCUACAGGGGAGCCCUUGGCCUACUCCAACUGGGCCCCAGGGGAGCCCAACAACAACGGCGAAGCAGAGAACUGCGUGGAGAUCUUGACCAACGGCAAGUGGAACGACAAGUCGUGUGGACAGCAGCGCCUGGUGGUCUGCGAGUUCUGA